CUCACUCCAUAAACUUCACAAUCCUACCGAAACUAAACACUGUCACUGCUUCCUCUCUCUCUGCGCUCUGCCAUGACGACGUCGUCUGGUUCGGUGAACAACGCCAUACCCUCAGGCCUCCAAGAAAUGCUUCUCAACCGAAAGCGUACCGAACAGCCAGAAGAAGAAGAACUCAAUAACAAUGCCCAAACUUCAAUUUCGUCCCCGCAACCUUCUUCACCCGCCGGUGACGCCGUCGCCGGCGACGGCGACAGCUCAAUCUCCAAACCCGUCGUGUUGGUAACCAACAGCGACGGCAUCGAGUCCCCGGGUCUAACAUUCCUCGUCCAAGCUCUCGUGCGCCUCGGCCUCUACGAUGUCCAUGUCUGCGUUCCCCAAUCGGACAAAUCUGUUUCGGGCCACUCUCUCACUAUCGGAGAAACCGUGGAAGCCUCUUCUGCUCUGAUUGAUGGUGCCACCGCCUUUGAAGUUUCAGGAACGCCUGUCGAUUGUAUUUCACUAGCCUUAUCUGGAGCCUUGUUUUCAUGGUCAAAGCCAAUGCUGGUUAUUAGCGGAAUUAACCGGGGAUCAAGCUGUGGUCAUCUCAAGUUCUACUCAGGUGUUGUUGCUGGAGCAAGAGAGGCGUUAUUAUGUGGGGUACCUUCUUUGUCAAUAUCAUUAAAUUGGAAGAAGGAUGAAAGUCAAGAGACUGAUUUCAAGGAUGCAGUAGAACUCUGUUUACCUUUAAUAAAGGCAGCUAUCAGGGAUGUUUUACAGGGAACUUUCCCCAAAAGCUGUUUUCUGGGUAUAGAAAUUCCUACAUCGCCUUUAAGCAGCAAGGGCUUCAAGUUGACCAAGCAAAGUAUGUGGAGAUCCACUCCAAACUGGCAGGCAGUUUCAACUAGCCGGUAUCCUCCUGGUCAUUUCUUGGCCAGUAAACAAGGCUUUGGUCUUCAGUUUGCACAGAUUGGCCGUGAUGCCUCUGCUGCUGGUGCAGCUCGGAGAUUAACUACUCAGAAAAAGAAUUUGGAGAUUGUUGAAUCAAUUGGAGCUGCAGGAAAACCUGAUUCUAACAGGGUGAAGAAGUACUUCAGACUUGAGUUUUUGGAUAAACAGCAGGAAGAUAUAGAUGAUGAUUUGGAUUACAGAGCACUUGAAAGUGGAUAUGUUGCAGUUACUCCUCUCUUUCUGUCUCCUCAUACUGAGACGGAUAUUCAAAUGGCAGCUUCUGAUUGGCUUUCAUCUGUACUUCCUGGUGAACAAUAGCCUCAAACAGAGUUCAAAGUUCAGCUUCAGCGUGAUUAUGUACAUUUGAGAUUUAUGGUGGUUCUUCCUGUUGUAAAGGUGGAGCAGAAGCGGCAAUCAUUCUAUAAUUGAUAUCAUCAAUCUGUACGUUUGUGUAAGAUAUUCUGUAUUCCCUCUUCAUUGUUUCAUUUCUUGUUGUCUCUAGCUAUUUCUGAUGUGAAGCAAAUUCAUUAUUUGCUUCCUGUAAUCCACUAGGCAUAUUUUGAAAAUGCCAUCUCCUCUGUUUGUAACUUCAAAAGUAUUAGCUAAACGCUGGUGCACUUCUCAUUGUAAUUUUUCGCUAAGUUGUUGUUUGAAAGAUAGUUUUAAGCUUGGUUUGAUGGUA